AUGAGGAGAUCCAGACUCACUGGGCAAACAAAAUCUAACGAUACAGCAUUUGGUUGGUAUUUUGCGGGGAAACCAAUGGACAGAAAAAGUGCUGGGAGCAGCCGAAUCAGGCUGAUCCGCUGUGUGCCGGAGACGGAGACCUGUAUACAUAGUCAAUGUCCCUCGCCGUCGCCUGUGCAGGAGAAGGUGGUGUGCACCUGCGGCAAUCGACGCGAGCUUCACUCCGCUGAAAAGCGUUGUCCAUCGCCGAAUAGCAGCGCAUCCUCCAGCUUUGAGCCAGGCAUGAGGUGCAAAUCCUCCGGCGGGUUCCAUGCUCUGAAACGGGAGUCUUCGCCGCAGGUGGAGAAACUGGUAUGCAGCUGUUCUCGAUGUGAGAUUCACAUCAGGGAAGCACGCCCCCGAUCUCCAACCAGCUCCACGGAUGCUGGACAGCAAAACAGAAAGUGUAAUUGUGAACGCUGUCGGCGUGUUGAAAAUCGCCCGACGCGCUCCAACGAGGCCCAUCCCCUCACCCCAAGCACCAGUGAUACCUCCGACCAUGAGCAGAACAGAAAAUCCCGGGGUCGUAGCUUUCAACCCCGGAAGCCUCAGCCUUCGCUGCUGGCCGAGAGGUCUUGCCCAAUUCACUCCCGUCCCACGACCCCUGCCACAUCAGCGACAUUCAACUCGAUGGCUGUACAUGCACCCCUGGUCGUUCAUCAUCACUGUCCGCAAGCAAUGUACUGCGAAGAGCAUCCGGAGCUUUGUUGUGCUUCACCUGUGCCAAAACCAAAUUCAACACGCGCACAAUCCCGUCAGUCAAAUCUCCAAUCCAGGCAAAGCUCUCACGAAAAGUCCACUCGUCAUUUCAAGUGUACCUGUGGCGGUACUUUCUCGCCCGAUGUCGUUUCUCCAGCAUCUGGACCCUUGAAACCCAGAACUGGGGUCCAGUAUUGCACCUGCGCUUCCUUUAUGGGACGGUACUUUGUCGAUGAUUCGAACUGGGACUAUUUUGGUAGUGACACAGCAUCUGAUAGCUCGGUUCAUGCAACGGCGGGUGCAACGGCAUAUGGAGUGAUGGGUGGUGAUCGAGAGGAAAUUGAAUCGCACUGCCCUCUUUAUCAUCGCUGUCAUCCGAGGUUUGAGCGUACUAACGGGUGGGUUUGUGGGCGGAAGUGA